AUGCCGGGUCAGCCAGAUAACCGCCCUGCCCCAGAUCCCCAGUGGGACACAGGAAGCACCCAGAGGAAGACAGGCGAGAGACAGAUAGGUGAGAGACAGACAGGCAGGGAGACAGGUGAGAACGUUCUCCACGUGAGAGACGCAGACACACAGAAUAAGAUCUUCCACGCCUUGGAGCUGCAGUUUGGCAAGCGCUACCCCUGUUCUAAGAUCUAUGGCGAUGGGAACGCGGUGCCUCGAAUCCUGAAGUUCCUCCAGGCCAUCGACCUGGACGAGCCCCUCCAGAAGACCUUCUGCUUCCCCCCGGUGAAGGAGUGCUUCUCCCAGGACAUAGACCACAUCCUGGAGACCCAGAGUGCCCUGGCCGUGGACCUGGGGGGCACCAACCUAAGGGUGGCCAUCAUCUGCAUGAGGGGCGAGGUGCUAAGGAAGUACACUCAGCCCAACCCAAAGAUGUUUGAGCCCAGGAUGGAGCUGAUGUUGAAGAUGUGUGCUGAUGCGCUGUGCGACGCUGUCAAACUCAACUGUAGGAUCCUGGGAGUGGGAGUGUCCACAGGGGGGCGUGUGAAUCCCCAGGAGGGGGUGAUCCUCCACUCCACCAAGCUCAUCCAGCAGUGGUCUUCUGUGGACCUGCGCACGCCCCUCUCCGACGCCCUGCGCCUUCCCGUCUGGGUCGACAACGACGGCAACUGUGCCGCGCUCGCCGAGAGGAAGUUCGGCCACGGGAAGGGCGUGGAGAACUUUGUCACGGUCAUCACCGGCACCGGUAUAGGAGGAGGCAUCGUGCAGCAUAACGAGCUGGUGCACGGCAGCAGCUUCUGCGCGGCGGAGCUGGGUCACAUCAUGGUGUCUCUGGAAGGGCCGGAGUGCAGCUGUGGCAGCCGGGGCUGCAUCGAGGCCUACGCCUCCGGCAUGGCUCUGCAGCGUGAGGCCAAGAGGCUGCACGACGAGGAUCUCCUGAAGGUGGAGGGGAUGGAUCUGAAGAUCGAUGAGCCGGUCACGGCCGUCCACCUCAUCAACGCUGCCAGGAUAGGGAACUCUAAAGCAGACCAGGUCCUCAGAACAGCCGGCCUGGCCCUGGGUGUUGGCAUUGUAAACAUCCUGCACAUGGUGAACCCAUCGCUGGUGAUCCUGUCUGGGGUGCUGGCCAGCCACUACCAGGCCACGGUCCAGCAGAUCAUCUCCCAGAGGGCCCUCCCCUCCACACGCACCAUCCAGGUCCUGACCUCUGACCUGGCCGAGCCUGCUUUGCUGGGGGCUGCUAGCAUGGUGCUGGAUUACACCACACGACGUACCUACUAGGACUACAACUCCCUACACCACACGACGUACCUACUAGGACUACAACUCCCUACACCACACAACGUACCUACUAGGACUACAACUCCCUACACCACACGACGUACCUACCAGGACUACAACUCCCUACACCACACGACGUACCUACUAGGACUACAACUCCCUACACCACACGACGUACCUACCAGGACUACAACUCCCUACACCACACGACGUACCUACUAGGACUACAACUCCCUACACCACACGACGUACCUACUAGGACUACAACUCCCUACACCACACAACGUACCUACUAGGACUACAACUCCCUACACCACACGACGUACCUACCAGGACUACAACUCCCUACACCACACGACGUACCUACUAGGACUACAACUCCCUACACCACACGACGAACCAAGUAGGACUACAACUCCCUACACCACACAACGUACCUACUAGAACUACAACUCCCUACACCACACGACGUACCUACAAGGACUACAACUCAACGCCUCACGGCGCCCUAAUGCAGACCAACCAUUUAAGACAGCUCAAAUGUGCCUUUUACAGGUCUCCAAGUUCAAGACAGUCUUUAAUAUAGUAUUAUCAUUAUUAUUUUGUUUUAGUGGGAAUGCAGUUUUUUAGGAUGAUUUUUAGCCGAGCAACAAAUCACAUUGCGCUGUCUCUGAUUGGCCAAAGUGAGAGUGGCUGCGAGACCAAAUUCAUGUUUCUAGAAGCUGUCUUGACAUUUCUGUUGCUUGAAUAUGUCAUCCAACCAUUCUAUUAGAACCUCAGCAUGAUGAUGUUGUUUCGAUAGCGUGGGGUGUGUAACCACGACAACGUACAUAAGUGAUCGCAAACUGGAAACCAAGAUGGGGUUUCUUUUGAAUGUGACUGUGUAUUGAUCUGUAUUAAUCAACCAUUAGUGAAACCUUUACUACGCUAUUUAAUUGACGGGGACCCUAACAAUUUUUUUUUGUAUUUUUGUCGCCUUUCAGAAUGUUGAACUUACGAGGGGGAAAAAAUCUACUUUGACUAAAUUCAACAUUCCUUCCAGUCUUUUUUUCUCCUUCUACCCUAUCACUCGACUCCUUCUCUAACUGAAAUUUCAAACACUGCUGAGAGGAAUGUUGACUUUCUCUCCUUUACUUCUUGCUAGCCAUUUGCUUCCCGCAACUUUCAUGUCUUUUGUUUUGACCACUUCAGGAACAGUGAUUAACCUGAAGAGGAUAUUGUUAACAAAUGUUAUUGUAGAUAUCGUUGUACAGAAAAUAUGAGACGAUGGGAGAGUUCUGUUUCUAUCAAGCUUACACAAAUGGACCUGCUGUGAUACAGAAAAGGUGUUCAAUAAAUGUUUAUGCUACGUA